AUGAAGCAGAGGAUCAGUGCUUUGGAUUUACUGCUGUUGGCUAGGGAAUUGAGAGGUCAUUUAGAAGGUUAUCGUUUGAGCAAUAUCUAUAAUAUUGCUGAUUCAAGUCGCCAGUUUCUACUUAAGUUUAUCAAACCGGAAUCAAAAUUCAAUGUGGUUGUGGAUUGUGGUCUAAGAUUUCAUAUUACAGAUUAUGAUAGGCCAAUUCCUCCUGCACCUUCCGGAUUUGUUGUGAAAUUAAGGAAACAUUUGAAGUCCAAGAGACUAACGGCACUGCGUCAUGUUGAGAACGAUAGAAUUCUAGUUCUUCAAUUUGCAGAUGGUUUGUUUUACUUGGUUCUUGAAUUCUUCAGUGCUGGUAAUGUUAUCCUGUUGGAUGAGAAUAAGAAGAUUCUUUCGUUACAGAGAAUCGUGCAUGAACAUGAAAAUAAAGUAGGUCAAAUAUACACAAUGUUUGAUGAUUCUCUUUUCCAAGAUCAUUUGAAGAAAGAAUCAUUAAGAGAAGCAGAAGGAUCGUAUAAAAUAGGCCUUGUUGAAGACUGGCUAAAAGAGGUAGCACAAAUCGAUGCUUUAAAGAAGGAUACAUUGCAAAGUUCUAAGAAAGGCAAGAAGAAAGGUUCCGGAGUGAUGACUAUUCAUAAGUUAUUGCUCAACAGAGAAUCUCAUUUAUCUUCAGAUCUCUUAUCUAAUAAUUUGAAGGCAAUGGGAAUUAAUCCCGCCACCCCAUGCAUUCAAUUUAUUGGAAAAGAGGAUCAGAUUUGCGAGUUGCUUAAUCGAACAGAAAGGGACUACAAAGAUUUACUUUACAAAGAAAACAAUUGCGGUUUCAUUUUAGCAAAGAGAAAUAUCCACUAUAAUGCAAAGAAUACGAAUCCAGAUCUGGAAUUUGUAUACGAAAAUUUUCAUGCUUUCAGACCGUUUGUUUCUCCCACAGAAUUACAGAACUCACAAAUAAUUGAAGUUGAUGGAGAGUACAAUAAAACCCUUGAUAAAUUUUUCUCGACUAUUGAGUCGUCAAAGUAUGCAUUGCGUAUCCAACAACAAGAGCAGAUGGCGCAAAAGAAAAUAGACGACGCCCGCCUCCUUAAUCAGAGAAAAAUUCAAGCUCUACUUGAUGUUCAAUCUACGAAUGAACAGAAAGGUAGUAUUAUUAUUGAGAAUGCGGAUCUAGUUGAGGAAGCCAAACUCGCAGUUCAAGGAUUGCUGGAUCAACAGAUGGAUUGGAAUAUUAUUGAGAAGCUUAUUAAAAGCGAACAGAGUAAAUCCAAUAGAAUAGCUCAAGUCAUAAAUCUGCCGCUUCAUCUAAAAGAAAACAAGAUAGAUCUUCAGCUGCCACUCAAAGAUGAUAGAGAAGGUGAUGAUGCACCAAUUGGGAAUAGCAGUGAUAGGAGUGAUUCGGAAAGUAAGUCUGAGGAAACUAGUAGUGAUGAAGAGACCGAUACGGAUGGUAGCGAUCUGUCCGACUUUGAAACCGAGGAAUCCAAUAACAAAGGUUCGCCACAAGUGUGUCUUAAGGACUCGCGAACCAUCAAAGUCACUAUAGAUUUAGGCUUAUCCGCCUAUGCAAAUGCUUCCCAAUACUUUAACGUCAAGAAGACAAGUGCUGAAAAGCAAAAGAAGGUGGAGCAGAACGUGAAGAAAGCUAUGAAGAAUAUUGAGGAACAAAUCGACAAACAAUUGAAGAAGAAGUUGAAAGAGUCUCACAAUGUUUUGAAAAAGGUUCGUUCACCUUACUUCUUUGAGAAGUUCUUUUGGUUUAUUUCGAGUGAAGGCUUCCUGGUCCUGAUGGGGAGAAGCCCUUUAGAGACAGAUCAGAUUUUCAGCAAAUAUAUUGAAGAUGAUGACGUUUAUGUAACAAACACAUUUGGAAGUAACCCAGUAUGGAUCAAGAACCCUGAUUGUACGGAGGUUCCUCCCAAUACACUAAUGCAGGCAGGAGUAUUUUGUAUGUCGGCGAGUGAAGCUUGGUCGAAAAAAAUUUCGUCUUCACCAUCUUGGUGUUUUGCUAAGAACCUUUCCAAAUUCAGUGAAGUAGACAACAGCGUCCUUCCACCGGGUACCUUCCAUAUCAAGAAAGAAAGUGCCGUUAGUUUAAUGCCCUCCGCCCAGUUGGUAAUGGGGUUUGGUUUUCUGUGGAAAGUCAAGACAAGUGGAGCAGAAGAAACAGACGAUGACGAAUCGGCAAGAGAAGUGGAUGAUGAAACAUGUGAGGUUGAAAAUAGUGAGGUUGAAAAUAGUGAGGUUGAAAAUAGGGAGCUGAACAGUAGGGCAGCCAUCAAUCAAGACCAAAAGAAGGAUAUUAUUGUCUCCGACGAAAAUGCAGCACUAGAUGUUCGUGUGGAAGACUCUGCCAGUAUUUCAGACCAAUUGAGUGCGUUAGAGGUAGAUGCAGAUGCUGACCAGGAAUCCGACGCAACCACCACAGCUAAUGACAUCAUUUCACAAAUGAAGAGAAAUGUUCGUGGGAAAAAGGGAAAAUUAAAGAAAAUCCAAAACAAAUAUGCUGAUCAAGAUGAAGAAGAACGUCAAUUGAGACUUGAGGCACUGGGGACACUGAAGGGAGUUGAAAAACAAGAAAUGAAAAAGCAAGAGGAAAUUGCCAGGCAACAAAAUAGAGAAUAUAGAAAAGCUAAACGUGAGCAACAAAAGGGAAAGCAAGCUAUGCAGUUCACAAAAAAUGAGAAGGUCAAUGUCAACUACAAAAAAUUUGCUAAUGAAUUAAGACCAAGAAUCAGUCAAGAAGAUGAGGUUAUUGAUAUUGUUCCCGUAUUUGCUCCAUGGUCUGCUAUGGUUAAGUACAAAUACAAAGUUAAAGUUCAGCCCGGCAACGCAAAGAAAACAAAAACGCUGACAGAAAUCCUGCAUCAUUUUAUGAGCAGAAAAGUUGAAUCAGAAAUGACAGAUAAAGAAACUGAUUGGCCUAAAGAACAUGAGAUCAUAAAACUUUGGAAACCUCAAGAUUUGGUUUUAACGCUCUGUUCAGACAAACUAAAGGUUACUCUUCCCGGCCAAAAUAAUAAUACAACUGCCCAAAAAUCGAAGGGAAAGCAGAAAAAGAAGAAAAACUAG